AGUUAUUCUGAUAUUUACUGCAGGAGUUGGAGGCUAUGCGUAUUUGCUUGAACCACUUUGGUGGACAGGCAUGAUAUCAAUGAUCGUUGGGGAGGUGGCCAAUUUUGUGGCUUAUAUUUAUGCUCCAGCAGUUCUGGUGACCCCUCUUGGUGUUUUGAGUAUAAUUAUCAGUGCUAUUUUGGCGCACUUUCUGUUGAAAGAACGAUUGCAAAGAUUGGGUGUACUGGGAUGCAUUUCGUGCAUCAUGGGCUCAGUGGUUAUUGUUAUCCAUGCACCUCAGGAGAAUAUGCCAGCUUCUUUAGAAGAAAUCUGGAUUUUGGCAACUCAACCAGCAUUUUUGGCUUAUGUAGCUGCAACUUUAUCGGUGGUGCUAGCUUUGAUUUUGCAUUUUGAGCCUCGCUAUGGGCAGACAAAUAUACUGGUUUAUUUGGGAAUCUGUUCCUUAAUGGGUUCAUUCACGAUUGUCAGCAUAAAGGCUAUUGGAAUUGCAAUAAAACUUACUUUGGAAGGAAUAAGUCAAGUUGCUUAUCCUCCGACAUGGUUUUUUCUUUCUGUUGCAGUGAUAUGCGUCAUCACACAGCUAAAUUACCUUAAUAAGGCACUGGAUACAUUCAACACUGCAAUUGUUUCUCCAAUAUAUUAUGUAAUGUUCACCACAAUGACCAUCAUCGCAAGUGCAAUAAUGUUCAAGGACUGGGCAGGACAAAGUGCCAGCGACAUAAUUUCUGCGAUAUGUGGAUUUAUAACUGUACUUUCAGGAACAGUCAUGCUCCAUGUCACUAGAGAGCAGGACCCAGUUCCUUUGCCAGGUAUGGAUUAGACUAAAGUUUACUGGAAGUUCUUAUCCUCACAUAUUAUAUAUGUUCAUUCUAGAUACAGUGCUACCUUGCCUAUUAUCUACAACAAGGAUGUCAUCACAUCUUUCUGUUGCACUCCUUUAAAAAACAGAUGUUGAACUAGGCGUGAUUACUGCUACUUCUGCGUUCCUUUGUAGUUUGGUGCAUCAUCACCAAGGGAGAAUAUAUUUUACAGUGUCAUAUUAUUUGAUUUAUUGACAUACUCGCUAGCUAUUCCAUUUGGGAUGAUCGCCAAGCCUCUUGAACACAUUUUUGACAGACGCAUACAUGUGUACUUUGUUAAAUUAGG